AUGGCACCGCCUGAAGCUGGGAGACGGAAUCCCACUGUCUUGGUAACCGAUUCUCGAGACCAACUGCAUGCUCAACGCCCCAGUCGCCGGCCCGCGCCACCUGCCACGCGUCUCAUCACAGUCGACAACGUCCUCCAAUACGCCUCGGAUAUACCAUCAAUGCAACAACGGCGACCCAUGCAACAGCGCCCGCAGAUGAGGCCGCGAUCGCGUCUAUCGGCGUCUACUGGUAUUAUUGGCGCGUCGUCUGGGGCCAGUGCGUCGCUCGGAGGAGGAAUCGGUGGUGUCGGUGUCGGCGGCGGUGGACAUGUCAUUGGAAGUAGUGGUGGUGGUAUUGGAGGUGGAGGAACAGGCACAUUAGGCACGGCCGGUAGAUUAGCAGCUCAGGCUCGAUUGCCGUCUCGAUCGACCAAGGUCAGUGAGAAGUUGGUUCUGUUGCCGGAUCUAGAGGAUACAGAGGGAGAGACCGGUGGUCGGAUAGGUGGCGAUGGAGGAGACGAGGAUUUUCUCGUCCAGCCGGUCGAUGAAGAACUUGUUCGCAGAAUUGCGGAGGAAAGGAAUAUGGACCUCGAUACACUACGACGACGAUUACAAUUAGCAGCGCAGCAACGCCUACAGGGUGAUUUUGGAGUCGAUAAUGACCUUGCACCUUUGCUGGCCGAAGAAGAAGCAUUGAGACAGCGACUUGUGCCACCGGAAAAGGCAAAGAGUUAUGCAGAACGAUUGCCGAAAGCUCGACGAGCAGAAAAAUUGCCUCGUGUUACGGCGUAUUGUACGGCGCAGGGAUUCAAGAUGGGCGCUACGGCUUCUUUUGUUAAGGAGUGGCAUGGUGCGAGGACAAAGCUGUAUGAUGAUUGUCUGUAUACGGCGUAUCAUCUACCUUUACUCCCUGGUCGAGGCGGAUAUAGGUUACGCAGUAGUCCUGUGUUGAAAGGGGCUGGUGGGAGGGUUGUGCUGGAUGAGGAGAUUGAGCGGAAUGAGCAGAGGGAUUAUCAUGAGGAGUAUUAUGUUGAGGAGCAUGAGCACUCCGUUGGUGGGCAAGGGAAUCAAAACAACGAGUCUGAAGCGAGUGACAGGAACCAGAAUGAUCAUAAAUCAGAUUCACAAGAUACAGCCUCUAGAACUGACAAUCAACCUGCCAGCAGCGAACAACAGACAGAUUCAAAACCUCGCCAAGGGCAUAAUCCUCCUCCCACGACAUCGUCGUCGACAACGCCGACAACGAACCAUCGGCGAAUACCGUCAAAUGUGUUCAACUACGCCGAGAUGUUCGUCUUUAGCUACGGAGUUGUCGUAUUCUGGAACUUCACCGAACGACAAGAGAAAGACAUUCUCGCAGAUUUGACAUUUUCCUCGUCCGGCACCGGACCACAAAUCUCAUUAGCAACCCUACCACUUGCCGAAGAAGAUUUUGAAACCGAAGAGUUUCACUUCGAGUACUCGACUCAAAUCUCUCGACCUCGGGUAUACAACGACAUGAUUACGCUGCGGUCGAGAGACCACAUGAUCAAAUUGGCCAUAUCACACGGCAUAGCCCAAAGUACGAAACUGUGUUUCUUCGAAGAGGCCAUGUCAAAGGAGAUGACGGAAGCGAAGGACGUGCCGCGCCGACUUGCCAUGACGGGAACAUUAGGCAUGAAACGUGAGGAAGUGUUCAGAAUAUUGGGUCGACUGUUUAAAAGUCGUGUUGAGGUCAAUUUGUCAUCGAAUAUGUUGGAUGUGCCCAACUUCUUUUGGGAGUCUGAACCAACCCUCUACCCUCUGUACAUCGCCGUACGAGAAUACCUCGAAAUCAAACCACGCAUCCAAGUCCUCAACGAGCGUUGUAGAGUUUUCCUCGACUUGACCGAGAUCUUGUCUGAUUCUAUAGCAGACAAUACCGAGUCACACCAAACCUGGAUCAUCAUCAUCCUGAUCAUAAUCUCAAUCCUCGUCACCACAAGCGAGGUCUUUCUCCGUUUCGGCAUAUUGUCUAGUAACCAUGCAAUCGAGAAUCCGGCGGGUCCAUCAUUCGUCUCUACCUUGAUGAUGAAUAUGCUAGGACGCGGUGGUUCUUCAUCAUCGGCGGCAAUGAGUACACUGCAUUCGUCAGGGACAUGUGUUUGUCCGACGUUUAAUUCUAGUGUUUAA